AUGAAUACAGUCGAACGAUUUUGUCAGUUAUGUCGAAAACCAGUAAAGUUUUUACGAAACUUGAAUUUAUUUCCAUCGAUACCACGUUCAACUAAUCACGCGGAUCUUCAAAAUGAACGCAUAUCUACAAGAUUACUUAUUUUACUCUUAUUUCUCUCAACAGCUACCAUUAUUAUGUAUACUUCAUUGAUCAAAGCUAAUAAGAUUGUCGAUAUCGGCGCACCUACAUUCGAAGUAUAUUCACAAUUAUAUAUAACUUAUUCACAAACGUUAACAUGCCCAUGUACAACAAUAUCGGUCGAUUAUAAGAGGUUUCUUAAUGCUGAGUAUACAUUUCAUCAAGUGUGCAGCAGUAUUUUUGUUACUGACGAUUGGAUAAAUCAUAUUGCUCCAUCUUUUGAAAAUCAACCCUAUGAUCCUCCUAGCUUUGUAUGGACAGGUACAAAUAUAUUUCACUCGCUAAGUGCUCUUUGUGAAUUAUCAAAUAAAACGGUAUCUGAAAGUCUAACUCGUUUCUAUUCAAAUCAAUAUAUUAGUGCUACAAUAACGCCUUCAUACUUAUUUCAAUCACAAAUCCAAUCAAUGCUUGAUCAAUUCGUGUCCUCAACAGCUAAUAAUUUCUUAUUGUCAUUACAAAUUGUACUCGAUACAAAUCAUGCCAAUGCUUUGCUCUCAGCCAAACAAACAAACUUUUUGCUAGUUUUAGCACGUGAAUAUGCCCUUAUUGAUAUCGUACCAUUAUCUUAUGACGGUUGUGAGUGUGGUUAUUCAGCUCAAUGUAUUCAAACAGCGGGUAUUUACAGUUAUCCAAAUUUAACAACGGUAUUUUCAGUAACAGGUCAAUAUGUUGGAUGUUUUCCGCUUGAAUCAUUAUUACAAUCGACUCUCGAAUGCUUUUAUAGGCAAGCAUGUAUCGAUAAAUUAAAUUUCUAUAUACGACAUAAUUCAUUCAUGAAUGUAACCGCUCUUGAUUCAACGUUGGCAAGUCGCUUCUUUGAGAAUUCAACAAUUCACGAACUUAUAAAUAAACUAAUGAUUGAAGAAUGGAAUCAAUCUAUUAUGUAUGAAAGUUAUUACAAUGCAUGCAAACCUAUAAGCUGUACUUAG